CAUAUGCAUUUUUGACAUUUGAAUGGCAGUUACACUGUUAUCAGUUGAUGAGAAGUUGAUAAACUGUGUGUGUGAGAGGUGGUGAUGUGUUACUGGUGGUUCGUUUGUCCUGUGAUAAUUAACAAGCUACUUUAAAUUGUUACAGUUAGAAAGCAAAUUCUUCGUAUUCUUCUGGCCCUUAAUAACAAGUGACAAGUAUCUCUGAUAAUAAUUGUUCACGAUUUUUCGGCAAAGUUUAAUUUCGAUUAAGUCUCCGAUUUCGGAUUUCGUUUGUUUAAAUUUUUUUCGUGCUACGAUCGCGUAGUUGAUGUCUUGAUCGGUUCCCUACAUGACAAACGGACGCAGUGGCGGCGGCUCUGGCAUGGCGUCGUUCAUGACCAAGAAGAAGAAGUAUCGGUUCCAGGUGGAAGUGCUGGUUGAGGAACUGCUCGAAGUGCCUUUUGUUUCGGCGGUUCUCUUCGCUAAACUCAGACUGCUCGACGGCGGGAACUUCCAAACUCAUACGAAAAGGGAAGAAGUGGUUGAUCAUACUGUGAAAUGGAACACUCGAUUUUCGUUUCAGUGCAAAAUGUUGGCCCCGGCCUCGACCGGUGUCUUAGAACCUUGCGUUCUAAGGAUCUCCGUACGAAAGGAAUGCAAGGGCGGAAGAUCGUUCACGAAGCUUGGCUUCGUCGAUCUCAAUCUGGCCGAAUUCGCCGGGGCUGGAGAGACGUCGCGAAAAGCGCUGCUCGAAGGAUAUGACACUCGGCGGCGGCAGGAUAAUUCAAUGCUCAAAUUUUCAAUCAAAAUGAACAUGCUCGCUGGCGAUGUACUAUUUAAAGUACCCUCUCCUUCGUUAAAACAUAAGCCUGUAACUAGCGAAGAAUGUUUACCAGACCCAGUUCUUCCCGACGAGUUCUCCGCUGGUUCUUUAGCCGGUUCUAUAGCCAGUGCGAGUUCAGGUUUUGGAAGUUUACCCAAAAAACGUCCUCCACUCCUUACCUCAGAACUAACGAUCGGACAGACGCUGUCUGAGAACAGUGUCCCCGUUAGUAUCGCCACCGACAACAGUGGCGACGUCGUUAUGGCGCUUAAGGAACCGGAAGAGUGUUUGAACGAACCGGGACAUUCUAGGAAUUCGUCCAAUACGAGCCAAAUGUCGAAAGCGUCGGGAUACAGUAGCAUCCACUCGCAUAGCAGACACUCCAGCUCCGGUGACUCAGGGCAUAUAAGGAACCUACAUAUGCCCAAGUGGUUAGCGUCCCACAAAUCUUCAAAUCUUUCUCCCUCUUCCCCAUCCUUUCCCAUGUUCUAUAUCCAGAGACAGAUGAUAUGGAAAAAGAAAACCUUUUCUGUAGAUUCGGGUUUCGAGUUGUACACCACCCCUGAGGGUGAUGCAUCGAUCAAUAACAAUGACGCGUCGGUAACUGAAAAUUCAAGCGACAGCGGUAACUGUAGUGACCUUUAUUACACCCCCGAUAGCACGAUGGAUUCCGACGAGGUUUUUAAAACCGCGGACAUUAAGUUUGUCAGUUCCGACGUCUUUUCGAAUAGUUUUAGUAAAGCGAAAACGAACGAGUUGCAAAAGUCUUGUUCGUGUACCACCGUUGAAAUGCGAGUAAAGAGUAUGUCUCCCAUCAAGGAAGUUCCCGAUCAUCAUUUAUCGGACAAUGGAAACGGUUUAGACCGUUUGAGUUUGAAUAGCAGUGGGUUUAGUGACAAGCAAGGGGGUGUUUUGAGGUCCAAAAGUGACUUCGAAAUACCAAAGCACGAUCACAGUCCCACUGCUAGGCGCGAGGGCAUUUUUCAAAGUUUGAUGCACAAAUCGGAAAAUUUUAUCUCAUACGUGACCCCGAGAGGGUCGAGGAAGAUCAGCAGUAACGGUAUUUCGGAUAAAAUUGGUAACCAGUCGACGCCCGUGCAACAGGGUGGUGGCAAUAAUAAUAAUAAUGUUAAAAUGAACGUAUCUCCAGUUUCAAAAUUUCCCGCCCAUAGUGAACCCUGUACCAGAACCGCUUCCCCCACUUCUUCUAUUCGGUCGAGGAUUACGUUUGCCGAGGGGCAGCCCGUUAAUGGCAUCAGGGGGAGAGGCUUAUCUCACCGUAAGAUAUUAGAAGGAGGCUCUGGAGGUAAGCUGGCCCCAGUGGCCAACAGUCCAGACGAAGCGCCUUUUGUGUCGUCUGAUAGUUCGCUAAAUCCCCAAGUCCGACGUCCCAGCAUCACUAAGAAUCACAGCUCUGGUAGUUUAGUUCUGUCGGAAACUGGAUCUCUGGAUAGGGCGAAAGCUGCACUUGAGAGAAGAAAAAAGGCUCAGAACCAGGACACAGAAUUGGCAACUGUCUCGGGAAGGGUCGAAGGAACGAGGGUCAAUCCGGAUCACCUCAUAGCAGAACUUCUGAAGAACACCAACCUCGAGCAAACCGACGAUUCCGCGGAAUCUUCUGGUUUGCAAUUAUUUAUUGCAAAAGAUGGUACUGCAGCCCUAGGAAAUCAUGAGGUGAAGUCUCAGAUGUCAACGGGGGCGCAACUAUUCAAACAAGUGGUUAUGGAAGACAAGAGGUAGCCGUCAGCUGAAGGCGAUAUCUCAGUAGUAGCUUAGUUAAAGGGAAAGGAAAAAGAAAACUGCUCAGCCAAGGAGUCUGUUCGUCAUCCAUAACGACGACUGACUCCUCCAUAGUAAACGAAAUGGAAAACAAAAAAC